AUGAACCCGAGCAGCAACGAGAAGAAGAGAAACCUACCCGCGUAUGCAGAUGAGAAUGACUACGAUAUGUCCCGGGCCGCUGCAGCGCCGAACGUGGCACCAGCGAACAUGACAUCAGCUAACAUGGCAUCGGUUACCGUCCCUUCGGCUACCGUGCCUCCGACUAACGUAGCAUUGACCAACGUUGCGGCCGCCCCCGCGGUGACGAUGCAGAACCCGUACUUCUACCCUGGGGCGAUCAUACCGCAGUUCCCCUUCAACACACCCAUGUACCAGCAGCCCAUGAGCUAUAACCACAUGAUGCCUUACGGCGACUACGGUUACGGGAACAAGCGGUUCGGGAAGAGAAAGAAAAAUUACCACCAUUUUUCGCGCCAGCAAAACAGUGGCGUGUCCAUCCUGAAGGAAGCCAUCGUGGACCCCUGGGCCCAGCAGUACGCCAAAUACCCGAACAUCAUCUUUGAUUGA